AUGUUGAGCUCUGUGUACAGCACGACUGUAAUGUCACCGACAUAUGGGCUAGACUUCAAGAACAGAACGUCCCUGGCAUGCGAGUGGCCGAUUACCGACCGACGUCAAGAAAUCCGUAUCAGCUGUUUGACGAUAGGAAUUCUAGCUAUGGUCUUCUUUACUAUGAGAGCCAUAUCGAAGAUAAUCGGAUUCGUGCCAUAUGGGCAUGACGAUAGCCUCAUAUUGGCAGCUCUGCCAUUGAUUAUUGCAUUUAACAUCUUCUGCCAAAUCCUCACUUUGAAAGGCCUUGGACUCCAUAUUUGGUUCGUUGAAGAAGAUAAUAUUCGCACUUUUCUCAUUCUGAUCUUCGCAUCCGAACUCUCAUACGCUACGGCACUCGCUCUCGUGAAAUUAUCGAUUCUCGCCUUCUUCCUUCGCAUAUUCCCCGACCAAAAGUUCCGCACCAUUGUUCGAUGGACCAUGAUCUUUGUCCUCAUCAUGUGUCCACUAUAUCUGGUCCUUAUACUCGUUCAAAGAAGGCCACUCGAUGUGCUUUGGAAUGGAUGGAGGGACAAGAAUCCGCGAGGUGUUGUCUUGAGUGCAAAUCUUAUAGGGAUAACUCACGGCGCAUGGAACGUUGCUUUGGACAUCUGGAUGAUGAUUCUUCCAAUGACUCAACUAAUGAAAAUCGGGAUCAAGCUGAAGAAGAAGAUUGGAGUAAUUGCUAUGUUUGGAGUGGGCUUAUUCCUCACGAUCGUCAGUUCCGUUCGCAUUCCAAGCCUUAUAGUAUUCUCAACGUCACGGAACAUAACGGCCGAUUCUGUCGGAAUAAUAAUCUGGUCAAACAUCGAGAUUUGCGUAGGCAUGAUGGUAGCCUGCAUGCCUGGAGCACGUCAAUUCGUGCGGGACAUAAUACUUCGAGUGAAACGAGGAAACGAGUCCGAUGCGUCCAGCACUGAAAACAUCUUCAUUGAGCGAACGAUAGAGACGAUCCAAACUGAUGCGGACGAAACCGUUACGAGUUCUACAGCGAGACCAGAUGAUGUGCUCUUGUCAAAAUGA